AUGUCGACAAUGGCCGCUCUGUCCCCCGCCGCCCCCGCCUCCUCGGCCACCCAUCUCCAGGUCCCCGGCGUCGCUGCCACAUGCUCGCCGUCGGGCGUCCCCGUCCGCCCCAAGUUCAAUUCGCACCUCACCUCGGAUCGCCUGCGCGAGGGCGCCGGCCUCUACCUGCCCCCGGCCUUCCGCACCGGCCGCAGCAAUAUCCGCAAGGGCCGCACCUCCGUCUUCAAGGAGCUCGGCCUCGACGACCCCCAUUGCCCCCCUCCCUCUCCCGUCGUCAUUCUCGAUCACACCCACUUCCUGCCCGCCGCCGCCGCCGCCCCUCAGCCCUGCCCGCGUGCCGCCGCCUGA